AUGGACGAGUUUCAGCGCAGAUACACGAGAUUCGGUUUCAUUUCGAUUUGUUUUGGAUCAAUCGCACUUGUAUCCCUCAUCUCUCGAUGUUCCACUUCCUUCUUCGACAAUUCUCUUCAGAAAUCCCAAUUCUCGUUCCCAGAAACUGAGCUCCGGAGAAUCGUUUACAAUGCCGGAGAAGAAAACAGAGUCGUCGAUUCUCGAGAUGUCUCUCAGCAGAUCCUCUCCGUCAGAUCGAGUAACACCAGUGUAAGCGUUUUUUUCAUCUCUCUCCCUCUCUCUCUCGUAUCUGCAAUCAAACAGAAGUUUUCUCCGGCGAGGAAUUUUCCGAUUCAAUCUACUCUGUUCGUAACCGAUUUUCAAAUUUCGAAAUCAUCGUUUCCCUUUGAUAGCUCAUUUCGUUUUGUUAAAUUCAAAUUAUCCACUAAGAUUCAUCUGAAUGUUGUUUUGAAUCAGUUGCAGAAAACACCGAAAAAGCUAAGCCGGAGAUCAAUGGUAGAACAAGGACUGAGCAAAGCAAGGACUUCGAUUCUCGAAGCUUCUUCGUCUUCUUCUUCUGAUCGUAACGCUACAUUGUUCAACAUCGACCUCCCAAACCCAGAAGUCUACCGUAAUCCCUCUGCUUUGUAUCGGAGUUACUUGGAAAUGGAGAAGAGGUUUAAGGUGUAUGUAUACGAGGAAGGCGAGCCACCGUUAGCUCACGCCGGACCGUGCAAGAGCGUAUACGCGAUUGAAGGCAGAUUCAUAAUGGAGAUGGAGAAAACGAAGGCCAAGUUCCGUACAUACGACCCGGACCAAGCUCAUGUCUACUUCUUACCCUUUAGUGUUACUUGGUUGGUCAAAUACUUAUACGACGACAAUCUCAACGCUGAGCCUUUGAGAACUUUUGCUUCUGAUUACAUCAGAUUAAUCUCCACUAAUCACCCUUUCUGGAAUCGAAGCAGUGGAGCUGAUCACUUCAUGCUUGCUUGUCACGAUUGGGGACCUCUCACUUCAAAAGCAAACGAUGAUCUCUUCAACAAAUCAAUCCGAGUGAUGUGCAAUGCUAAUUCGUCAGAAGGGUUUAACCCUACGAAAGACGCGACUCUCCCUGAGAUCAAACUCUACGGCGGUGAGGUCGACCCGAAGCUCAGGUUCUCUAAAUCCCUAAUGGCUUCCCCGAGGCCGCACCUCGGGUUCUUCGCAGGUGGAGUCCACGGCCCGGUUCGACCGAUCCUUUUAGAACAUUGGAAACAGCGUGACCCGGAGAUGCCCGUAUUUGAAUACCUUCCUAAACACUUAAACUACUACGAUUUCAUGAGGAGCUCAAAGUUCUGCCUCUGUCCCAGUGGCUACGAGGUCGCUAGCCCUAGACUCACCGAAGCCAUCUACGCCGAGUGCAUCCCCGUGAUUCUCUCUGUUAACUUCGUUUUGCCCUUCGUUGAUGUUCUUCGUUGGGACACUUUCUCCGUACAAGUUGACGUUUCAGAGAUUCCGAGGUUGAAGGAGAUCCUGAUGUCCAUCUCCGAUGAGAAAUACGAACGGCUCAAACGUAAUUUGCGGUACGUGAGGCGACAUUUCGAGCUCAACGAUCCGCCUAGGAGGUUCGAUGCGUUCCACAUGACACUUCACUCCAUUUGGCUACGUAGGCUUAACUUGAAGCUUACGUAA